UUUGGAUCUCGUGCAUCUUCUGGUAGGAACCUUCUUCAAGCUAGAAAAGGUUUGACUUACUAUGCAUUGCUAUCUAUCAAAACAACUACAAAUGGUGAUAGGGCAAAGGCAAGGGCGUGGCCAAGUCCAAGGUCGUGGUCAACUCCGAGGUCAAGGCCGAGGCCUGUGUCAUGUUGAGGAUCGUGAUAGGCCGACUCUCGUUGAUGUUGAUGACGAUAUGGACAUGCCAUCACCGGUGACCCUCGAUUUGGUGGAGGGCCAUAGCCAUUCUUCCCAUGAGCGGUCUGAUGACAUACCCUCAUCGGGAGUUGCACCCACCGCAAGCUCUAGCACGUCUGUUAGAAGGCCAAGGGGUCAGAACAAGAAUUCCAAGGUUAAUGAUAUGAUAGAUAAGGAUGGUCCGCUCAAUUUGGAAUUCAAGGAUGAGUAUGUUGUACCUGUGGGCGACAAUUCCGGGGCGUGGUCGAGGAUAAUUUCUAAGAUUGUCCUCGAUCAUUGCGACCUCCAUUAUCAAAGUUGGACCAUGGUCCCAGAUGAAAUGGUGAAAAGAUUGGAAGAACGAGUGAAGGGUAAGUUCGUUUUGGAUACGAAGCUACAGAAGCACAAGGAUGCCUUAAAGCAUCAACUAGGUAAGGCCUAUAAUAGGAAACGCUCCGCAUUGCACCUCAAGAACUACCAAAUUUAUUUCAAAAAUGUGGAUAGCGAUGAUUUAGUAGCGGUGGCCAAUGCUCAAGCCGAGGCGAGGGCCAAUGUUCCAACUGGUAUUUCUCCGGAACGAUGGCCUGCUAUAUGUGAUUCAUUCGAAGUUGAUAUGUGAAAGAAAAAAUCUGAGCGAAAUAAGAAAAACAGAGCAAAGAUGGAAACAAAUCAUACAGCUGGCAGCACGACGUUCGUCAAUAUCAUUC